AUGGCUAACGUUCAAUUACUUUGGGGAGGCAGAUCAGAUGUGGUGUUUGACGACUUGAAAGAUCAGUUGAGAAAGCGCAUGUUCAGGAAGCGCACAGUUCAAAGAAUUACAUUUAUAAUUGCUCAUGGCAUAUCAAUUGAACUGAAUUCCUACGCCUUGAUCCGUCCAACCAUUCCAGGGGCUAUUACUUGGCUUGAUUCUGUCACUAAUCUUCCGUUAAAGGUAUGA